ACAAUGGGUCAUAAUUAUCAUAAAAGAACGGAAAAGUUAAUUCCCUCCCAUUUCCUCCAAACACACCAGACCUAGCUAGAUUUCACCUUGUUAUUACCGAGGAGGAAGGAGGAAAUCGGAAUAACUCAUCAUUUAAGAAUCCUCCAUCCUCUUUCCCCUUGGAUAACCAGCUCAUGUUUCAACUUGUCUGCACAGUUGACAGAGGACCUAUGCCUAAAUUCCUGGAGCCAUAAAAUAGGUAUUUGGAGCCCAGAGGCUGCUCUGAGUAGUCUCCGGAUGAACACCAUUCAUCCACGAGUGUUUCUUCUCCAGUCAGUAUCAAAAUAGACUAUAAGCCUACCUUGCCUCAUCCCUCAUUACAUGUUCGGACUACUAACAACCACCCCACCCCCGCAGCUGAAAGCUUUUUUACUUUUUAAGUGCAUGCUCAAGUUUACGUAAGUAAAUCAAACAACAUGGCGAACUUGUUUACAGAAAUGCAAAUUAGAUCAGUUAAGUGGAACCGUGCUACAGCCACUUCCUGGACAAAGCUCUCUUCUCCAUUUCACUUGUCGAACGCCCAUUUUGUAACACCGCGGCGGCGGGAGCCGGGCAGGAGCGGCGGGGGAGGGGGCAGCGCCUCCGCCUCUUCCCGGGGAGGACGGGCGGGAAGCAGCCAUCCCGCCCACCCGCCUGGCGGGACGCUUAAAGUGCGCUGGAGCAGACGGGAACCCCUUGAGUUCCCGCUCGGCACCGCCAUGUCUACCCCCGCCAAGCGACACUGCCAGAGCCCCGCCGGCUCCCUCGAAUCCAGCUUCCAGAAGCGCCUCAGGAAGAUUUCCAUCGAGGGGAACAUCGCUGCGGGGAAGUCAACGUUUGUCAGGCUGCUGGAGAAACACAGCGAUGAGUGGGAGAUCAUCCCCGAGCCCAUCGCUAAGUGGUGCAACAUCCAGACAGCCGAGGAUGAAUAUAAGGAACUUUCAACAUCUCAGAAGAGCGGAGGAAACUUACUUCAAAUGCUGUAUGACAAACCCACAAGAUGGGCUUACACAUUUCAGACUUAUGCCUGCCUAAGCCGAGUAAAAGCACAAUUAAAACCUCUCUCAGCCAAGCUGUACGAAGCAGAACAUCCAGUGCAAUUUUUUGAAAGAUCUGUGUACAGUGACAGAUACGUGUUUGCUUCUAACCUGUUUGAGUCUGGAAGUAUUAAUGAAACAGAGUGGUCUAUUUAUCAGGACUGGCACACAUGGCUUUUGAAUCAGUUUCAAUCAGAUAUAGAACUGGACGGCAUGAUCUAUCUCAGAACCACACCUCAGAAAUGCAUGGAAAGGCUACAGCUGAGGGGAAGAAAAGAGGAGCAAGGAAUUGAGCUUGAGUAUUUGGAAAACCUCCACUAUAAACAUGAAACCUGGCUUCAUGAAAGGACUAUGAGAGUUGAUUUUGAGAACAUUAAGGAGAUUCCUAUUCUAGUUUUGGAUGUUAAUGAAGAUUUUAAGAACGAUAAAAUUAAACAAGAGUACCUGAUUGAUAAAGUCAAGUCAUUCCUGACUUCUUUAGAAGACGAAAAUUAAUUCAAGUAACAAGUCCCUGAAGUUCACUCAAUCUGUGUGUUCAAAAUUUUGCUUUAAACAAAUGCAUUACCUGUAUCGCUGAUUUUAAAGCAAGCCUGAAAUGUAAUAACAUGAUUUGGGGUUUAUUUUUACCCUUGUCUAAGCAGUGUGGGUUUUGCUAGGCCUUUUUGUAUAGCUAAAAAGAACAAAUAUGGGGUGGUUUGAUAGUGGGUUUUUUUCUGUAUAUUCUCUGCUGUUUAAUAAAGAUUUGAAAGUCA